ACCCGCCUCCCGCUAUAUAACCCCACCCCCGCUGCUGAAAACUCGCCGUUCAACUCGAUCACUCCACACCACAGCUCACUUGGGUUUCCUCAGCUAAACAGAGAGGGCGCUCGCCACCAGCCCCAGCCCGGAACAGAGAGCGAAGAGAUGCUGCUGAACACCAUCCGGGAGCACCUCUUGGAGGAGCCGUCGGAGGCGCUGGUGCUGGACACCAUCCGGCAGCACCUCCUGGAGGAGCCGCCGGCGUGCCGCCGGAGCGAGAGCUUCGGAAGCCUGGUGGCGGACCAGUGGAGCGGCUCGCUCCCGUUCCGCACCGACGACGCUGACGACAUGGUCGUGUUCGAGGCGCUGCGGGACGCCUUCGCCACCGGCUGGCUCCCCGACGGCUCCUUCGCGCAGGUCAAGCCCGAGCCGCUCCCGUCCCCGGACUCCUCCUACUCCUACGACGGCUUCGGCCUCCUGGAGCCGCCGGAGCCCAUGACGCCGAGCGCGAGCAGCGACGCGGCGACGCCCAGGAGGGAGGGGGAGGCCGCGGUGGGCGUGGCGAGGGGCAAGCACUACCGGGGCGUGCGGCAGCGGCCGUGGGGCAAGUUCGCGGCGGAGAUCAGGGACCCGGCAAAGAACGGCGCGCGCGUGUGGCUCGGCACCUACGACACCGCCGAGGACGCCGCGCUCGCCUACGACCGCGCCGCCUACCGCAUGCGCGGCUCCCGCGCGCUCCUCAACUUCCCGCUCCGCAUCGGCUCGGAGAUCGCGGCCGCCACCGCCGCCGCAGCCGCCGGGGACAAGAGACAGUCGCCCGAGCCUGCGACCUCGUCGGACUCGUCCUUCUCCACCUCCUCCUCGUCCUCCUGCUCGACGAGCGGCUCGCCGAAGCGGCGGAAGCGAGGCGAGGCCGCGGCCGCGACCAUGGCCAUGGCCCUGGUGCCCCCGCCCUCCCAGCUCAACCGGCCGGCGCAGCCAUGGUUCCCUACCGCCGCGGCCGAGCCGGCGGCCAUGGCGCCGCGCGUCCACCAGCUGGUCAUCUAGGCGCCGCCCGGAGCAACUCAUGCCAUCCGCAUCCACCGGGCGCGCGGCGGGACAAUGGGGGCGUGGUGCCACGACGGAUCCACCAGCAAAAUGCAAAGGAACAAGACAAGGCCCCGGCGUCGCGCUUGCACCGUUGCGCGACGGGCGACGCGAAUGCGACGGCGGGGGUGGGGCGCGCAUCCCGGUGAAAGCUCCACAGGAUGGAAUGCGAUAAGCUGGGGACUCGGGAGCAACUUGGGCCAUGUUUAGUUACUCCCAACUCCCAACUUUGACACUAUGCAAAAAGAAGAUUCCCCAUCACAUCAAACUUGCGGUACAUGCAUGGAGUACUAAAUGUAGAUGAAAUUAAAAACUAA